CACCUUCCUUGGUUACUCUCCGAUCUACACAUUCUUCUUCCCUUUUGCGCCUUCACCUCUUCACUAGGACUUCAAUAUGGCGAAACGCAAGGCACCUGAAGAACUCUCCACUAAUGUGAAUACUAUCAAAGCUCGCAACCGCGUCUCCAACCUUACUGAAGAUGAGAAGGCUGUUCACUUAGCACAUCAUGCUGAUCUGAGCUACUACUUAAAGAAGUUAUAUAAGUCUGCAAAGUAUAUCGCUGCCUCUACUGAAGACAAGACACGUCUACAGAAUGAAUUAAAUGAGCGUAUUCGUGUUCAGACUGAGAAGGGUACCCAUGCAUCUUGCAUUGCGAAUCAGAAAGUCAAGAAUAUUAGCGCCUCUUCUUCUCCACAAGCACCACCAUCUACUCCGCCACAACUUCUGUCUGAGCUUGCUGCAUUUGAGGGUAUCUCAAGUAUCCCAAUUGAUGACGAUCAUAACAGCGAAUGGGAGGAUACUGAGGUUGAAGACGAUUUGGAGUUGGAGCUUAUGUUACGGCGCGACGAUAUUUUAAAUCAUGAGGCUGUUCUACCAGAUGAGCUUUCCGAUGAAGAGAUCGCUAGCAUCCAGGCUCUCUUAACUCAAGCGCGCAUUGAUGCCCAUGAAGAGUCCAAUUUCUGCAAGUGGCAACAUUUCUGGGAUAGAUGUAUCCGCUCAUAUACAAGAAAGGCUGGAAAGCUGAGAAAGAAGCCUGAGCAUCUAUUUGAGUAUAUGCCGUGGAUUGAUGUAGAGGAAGGCACUUUUCACGAGCUUGGAAGUUUGGAAAGUGGGCCCAAUGACCAGGACCUGCGCAGUGGUACCCAAAGUCUUACAAUCUUGUCGACAAUGGAUGGGUUGCAAGUCUCCACUCAUAGUUCUAGCUUCAAAGAGGCAUUCUUACUUGUCUACUCUAAGAAGUUUGAUAAGGAAAAGUGGACUAAGGUAUCAGCUGCGCAGGAUAUGUUGUUCCUGGAGCUAGAGUAG